AUGAAUGUACUGGAGGUUUUGGUGCCUCUUCUCAAACUUUACUUCUGUGGAAUCAGAGUUCUCAUCUACCAGAUGUUCCACAGAUCUUUUACAUUACCAGUUUUACAAAAACAGAAUGGAAGAGUUGGUAUUGUUACUGGUGGUACAAGAGGAAUGGGUUAUGAAACUGCAAGACAUCUGGCAAGACUUGGCAUGCAUGUCAUAAUUGCUGGCAAUGAGAAAGAGGAGGGCUUAGCUGCUGCAAGGACGAUUCAGAGAGAAUGCAAAGAGGGGAAAGCUGAGUUUCUCUUUCUGGAUCUGACUUCACUGAAAUCCGUGCGGCAAUUUGUUGAAGCAUUCAAAGGCAGAGGUCUUCCCCUCCAUGUGCUUGUUAACAAUGCUGGGACCAUGCUGGUACCUGAGAGAACGACCGAAGAUGGCUUUGAGUUCCACUUUUCUCUAAACUACCUCGGCCACUUUUUACUGACCAAUCUGCUGCUUGACAUACUGAAGAAAUCAGGGAGACAAGGCUUUUGUUCCCGUAUCAUCAACAUGUCCUCCGCAACACACUACGCUGGGGUUAUAUACAUGGAUGAUCUCAACAGAAGGGCAAGUUACAGUUCCCACGGUGCCUAUGCUCAAAGCAAACUAGCUUUAGUUCUUUUCACCUACUACCUGCAAGAUCAGAUGACAGCCCAAGGUUUCCCAGUGAUGGUCAAUGCUGUGGAUCCGGGCAUGGUGGACACGGCACUGUAUGACAACCUAUGGAGCCUUGCAAAAGCACUCAAAAAGCCAUUUGCCAAGACUUUGUUCAGGACUCCAUCAGAAGGUGCCUCCAUAAUCAUGUAUGCUGCAGCUGCUUCUGAGAUGGAAGGAGUGGGUGGCUGCUACCUCUACAAUGGAGAGAAGAGGCAAUCGGCCGAAGACUCUUAUGACUGUGAGCUUCAAGUAAACUUGUGGAAGAAGAGCUGUGAGCUUGUAGGGCUUCACACGGCUUGA